AUGGCGUUCAACAUCUCCGCGGGCGGAGCAGCAGCCAAGCCGGCCACGGGAGGGUUCAGCUUCGGAGCUUCGGCCGCCCCGGCCCCCGCGGCACCAGCAGCAGCGGCGGCCCCGAACUUCUCCUUUUCGAGCACCCCUGCCGCCGCCCCUGCCCCCGCCACCACCGGCGGAGGGUUCAGCUUCGGGACUAAAGCCCCAACAGCGGCCGCAGCCCCCGCCGCUGCCUCUGGGGGGUUCUCGUUCGGAGCCGCGGCACCGGCCCCAGCUGCUGCGACAGCAUCCACGACGGCAACAACUACUGCUCCCGCCGCCGGGGGUGGUUUGUUUGGAGGAGCCGCAGGGAGCACAGCCGGGACGGGGGCUACCGGGGCUGCCAAAGACGGGACUGAUGCUGCAAAUGGUUCGGCGGCGGCAGGAACGUUGACGCUUGCGGCCGCUGGUGGGGCUGGGACGACGGAACAGGAGCAGCCCCCCGAGCAGUACAUGAACAUGACGGUGGAAGAAAUUGUCAACAGCUGGAAUGUGGAGCUGGACCAGGAUGCCACAACGUUCACCAACGAGGCUGUAAAGGUGUCGGAUUGGGACGGGGUCCUACGAGAGACGCAGUCGGAGCUGUUCAGCCUCGCCGAUGACGUGCAGAAACUCGUGCUGGGACAGCAGGACCUGGCGCGCAGCAUGAAGGCCAUCGAGGGGGAGCAGUCUCAUCUAGACAAAACGCUGGAUCAGCUUGAGGGGCAGGCGGAGAAAUUGAUGCACGAUCAGCGCGGGCAGUCGCCAGAGGAGGGAGACGUGGAGCGAGAGCAGGCCUUCCAGAUCGCGCAGACUGUGGACAUGCAACUCGCGGGGAUGGUGGAUACUCUCAAGUCUCUGGUAGACCAGGUAAACUCUUCCACUUCCUCGUCGUCCUUCGGGGCAGUCGGUGGGAGGGGGGAUACCGGGGGCGACAGCAACGCGCGCAAGAUCGUCCGCAUCCUCAACGCGCACCACCAUUCUCUUACCUGGCUAGAGGAGACGUCCAAAACGAUGCUACAGGAUGCCGCCGACGUCGGCCGGAGGUUGGGGAUGCCAUCGGAUGCCGCGCUAUUGCCGCCGUAG